AUGGCUGGCGAGUCCGCGUGCGUGUUCGAGGGAGACUCGUCCGGCCAGGACACCCCCGUGGGGUUCCGAGACACACCAGGCCAAUGGUACACGGCCAACCACCGCAAGCGCGCUGCGUUGUCGCAGCUGGAGGGAGAACCGACGCAACGCGAUAGUCAGGCAACGCAGGAAGCGACGGAGGUGGCGACGCAGCCCGGAGAGGAGGAUCACGCACCUUUGUUUGUCGCUGCUACGCCCUCUCAAGAGGAUGACGAAGAUGGAGACGAGGUGGACGAGGACGAGACCCAGAUCCGCAUGACCAACUCUGAAGAGCAGGACGCUCCAAGACCAGAACGGAAGAUUUUCGAGGAGGCCGUGCCGCUGCCAAUAGCGUCCAUCGCAAGCGAGACGAAUCGAUCUUUUGGGGCAAUGGGGAACAGUGACGACGAUGCAGACUCGGACAUGUCGGAUGACAUGCUGGAGCAAGAUGGAUCUAUUGGCGGGUUGUCUUCUAUCGCCGCUUCAUUUCAACACAGAGAGGAAGACAAACCGGUUGCGAAGAAGAGGGUUUACAAGCCCCACACGCCCUUCCGAGCAUCACCAGCUAUUUCAACUCGGGAUGACUCGGACAGCAGUGGCGAUGAAACUGAGAUUGAAGGCGAGCCUAAGGAGGAAUCCCCCACGAAAUCCAAGGCGAGCAAGAACGGAGCAGUAUCUAACGACGAAUUGCCGUUACGACUAUCCAAGAGUGCAAGCUACACGAAGGCGACUGCAACAGAGUGUCCAUCUAAACUAGAAGCGAAGAGUAUACGACGUUCGCUGUCGACCCCGGAAAAAGCGUCAAGCUCAAGCUUUUCGUCUCGAAGCGUUAAACGAGAUCACAGCGCGACAAGUCUGGAUAGUGGCGAGGCAAAGUCGAAGCGACCUCGACAAUCUGAGUCCUGUGUGCCCGCGCAUGGCUCGGAUCAACAAGCUUCUCAAGAAAAACACGCAGUUGCACAGGAGAUUAAUGACCAAGUCCAACAACAAAACAUAUUGCCCAGCCGUAGCUCGGAACCUGUCGAAGAUGCCGCGGAGGAAGAAGAAAAAGGAGUUGAAGUUGCCGUUGCAGAUCAAUCUCACGCGACGUCGCGACACAAGGCAUCCCCAUCGAGUCGUGGCCGUAAGCGCACAACUAGCAGUCGCUCCACCACAGACAGCGAGUCGGCGGGGUCGCAAACGGAAUCCGGGACUAUCCGUGUCAUUUUGACGGGGCUGGAUCCGUCUGCUGCAAUCCGCAAGAAGAUCAAGUCGAUCGCCGGCGCAGUCUACGAGAGCAAUAUCGAGAGGGCCACCCACGUCAUUGCCCCUCAGAACCAGCUCAAGCGCACGGUGAAACUGCUGUGCGGCAUUUCCUGCUGCAAACACAUUCUUGGCGAACGCUGGCUGGACGAGUCUGCGCGCGUGGGUGCGGCAGCCGAUGAGCAAGCGAACUGCCUGCGCGACAAGGAGGCGGAAGACAAGUGGCAGUUUGACCUGAGAAGCACCAUGUACGACGUGCCCGCAGAGCAGCGCCAGCGCCUUUUUGCUGGACACAGCGUGUUUAUCACCAACCACAAGUCCGUGCUGCCACCGGUGAAGGAUCUCGUGAAAAUUGUCGAGUGCGCCGGGGGCAAAGCUUCGUCGAAAGGGAAGCCCGGGCCAAACGACCUGGUGAUCACGAGCGAGGCGGCGAUGGCGGUGGCAGCGGUGCGCAAGCAGCUUGCGAGCGCGAAUCCGGAGAGGAUCUACUCCCCCGAACUGAUCCUGAGUGGGAUCUUACAGCAGUGCGUUCAACUGGACCAACACCACCUGGAACGCCCUGCGAUCGGCAAGACCUGGGCUACCAAGCGCCGCAAAUAA